AUGAGCGGGCUUUCAACCGUUCCCGAUAACAUCAAUUUUGCGAAAGAAGAGGAGAAAGUAACUCAAAAAUGGAAAGAUGAGAAGACUUUCCUGCGUUCUGUCGAGUAAGUCCGCAUCCAAAGUGCCAUAUUCAAAUUCUUUAUUACAGACUUUCGAAGGAUAGACCGCAUUUCACUUUCUACGACGGCCCGCCCUUCGCCACAGGCCUUCCUCACUACGGCCACAUGCUCACAAGCACCAUCAAAGACGUCGUCGGAAGAUGGGCUCACCAGAAUGGACACUACGUAGAAAGAAGGUUCGGAUGGGACACCCACGGUCUUCCGGUCGAGUACGAAAUUGACAAGUCUCUCGGAAUCAGUGGUCCCCAAGAUGUGCUCAAGAUGGGCAUUGCCAACUACAACAACGAGUGCCGGAAGAUUGUCAUGAGAUAUUCUGGAGUAAGGAAGUGACGAAACAUUUGUAAUUUUACCGAUUUUUUGCAGGAAUGGGAAAAGACGAUGGGACGUCUCGGUCGAUGGGUCGACUUCGACCAUGACUACAAGACCCUUUAUCCGUGGUUCAUGGAGUCUGUGUGGUGGGCAUUCAGCGAGCUGCACAAGAAGGGACUCGUCUACAAGGGAGUCAAAGUGAUGCCCUUCUCGACCGCCUGUUCUACGCCACUUUCCAACUUUGAAGCCGGCCAGAACUACAAGGACGUCGUCGAUCCAGCUGUCUUCGUCGGAUUCAGACUUCUCGAUAUUCCGAAUCGCCAGCUCGUCGCCUGGACAACUACUCCAUGGACUCUUCCGUCCAAUCUAGCUCUUGUCGUUCAUCCUGAAAUGCAAUACGUUGUUGCCAAGGACAAGACGACUGGAACUGAAUACGUUGUGCUCGAGGAACGCCUCGGAGAACUGAAAAACGAGAACCUGGAAGUUACUGAGAAACUGACAGGAAAGCAGUUGGAAGGACUCAAGUACGAGCCUCUGUUCCCGUAUUUCGCGUACAUGCGCGAAGAGAGAAAUGCUUUCCGUGUUCUCAACGACAUAUUCGUCACUUCUGAUUCUGGUACUGGAAUUGUUCAUCAGGCGCCAUAUUUCGGAGAGGUUCUCAGCCAUUCUGAACGGUCUUCUCAUAAUGCGUAUCUUUUCAGAUUGAUUUCCAAGUGUGCGUGAACAACGGAAUAAUUGUCAAGGAUCAGAAGAUGAUCUGUCCAGUCGACGAGAACGGAAAAUAUACGGCCGAAGUGAAAGAGUACGAAGGCAUCUACGUGAAAGACGCUGACAAGCAGAUCAUCAAGAAACUGAAAGAAAUGGGAAAUCUCGUGAGACAAGCGGAAUGCAAGCACUCUUACCCAUUCUGCUGGCGCUCGGACACUCCUCUCCUCUACAAAGCCGUUCCAUCCUGGUUUAUCCGCGUCGAGAAUCUCGUUCCACGUCUUCUCGCUAAUAACGAUGAGACCUAUUGGGUUCCAUCAUUCGUGAAAGACAAGAGAUUCGCCAAUUGGCUCAGAGAUGCUCGUGAUUGGGCCGUCUCCAGAAACAGAUUCUGGGGAACGCCUAUCAAUUUGUGGGUGAGCGACGACGGAGAAGAAGUCGUUUGUGUGGGAAGCAUUGCCGAGCUGGAAGAGCUUUCCGGACAGAAAAUCACUGACCUCCACAGAGAAAGGUAUUAUAUGAUUUCAGAAACUAAUCAAUGUUCUGGUUUUUUCUAGCGUCGAUGACAUCACUAUUCCAUCCCGCUCAGGCCGCGGAGUUCUCAAGCGAGUCCCCGAAGUGUUCGAUUGUUGGUUCGAGUCCGGAUCAAUGCCGUAUGCUCAAAAUCACUAUCCAUUCGAGAACCGCAAGGUUUUCGAGGAUAACUUCCCGGCUGAUUUCAUCGCCGAAGGAAUUGAUCAGACCCGUGGAUGGUUCUACACCCUGCUCGUUCUAUCCACUGCGCUUUUCAACAAACCGCCGUUCAAGGUCAGUUUUAUCUUUACCAACUAUUCCUACGCAUUAUUCCCUAGAAUCUCAUUUGCAACGGACUAGUUCUUGCGUCGGAUGGAGCCAAAAUGUCGAAAAGAAAGAAGAACUACCCAGAUCCGAUGGAGAUCGUCAACAAGUACGGAGCUGAUGCUCUCCGUCUCUAUCUCAUCAACUCUCCGGUUGUCAGAGGAGAAAAUUUGAGAUUCAGGUAUUCCCAAUCACUUUUCGAACAAGUUAUAUAAUUUUGUGCUCAGAGAGGAGGGAGUCAGAGACCUCCUGAAGGACGUGUUCCUCCCGUGGUUCAACGCCUACAGAUUCUUCGUCCAGAACGUCCAACUUUACGAGCAUGUGAGUAUUUAAAAAAAACUCGCACAUUGAUUCUGAUAGCUUACAGGAAACUGGAAAUGCUUUCGACAUGAACAAGCACGUAGCCAGCGAGAAUGUGAUGGACAGAUGGAUCGAAUCUUUCACGAACAGUCUCGUCGCUUUCGUCCGAAAAGAAAUGGACGCCUACAGACUGUACGCUGUAGUUGGGCCUCUCACCAAGUUCUUCGACACUCUCACUAACAUCUACAUCCGUCUGAACAGAAAGCGAGUGAAGGGAGACAGUGGACUCCAUGAGCAACAUCACGCCCUUGCUGCUCUCGGACGAGUACUCAUCCUCAUUGUACGCCUGAUGGCUCCGUUCACGCCGUUCUUCUGCGAGCACAUCUGGGCCAAUCUGAAGAAGGUAAUCGGUGCUUCUGAGGAGUCUGUGCACUUUCUGAUGCUCCCGAAACCGGAUGAGAGCCUUAUUGACGAGUCCGUUGAGAGAAGAGUGGAGGCUAUGAGGAACGUCAUUGAUCUCGUUCGCUUGGUCAGAGAUCGGGAAGGAAUUGCAGUGAAGUACCCACUAAAGGAGAUGAUUGUCAUCAACAGAGACAACCAGUUCCUUGAGGACGUGAAGAGUCUCGAGCCGUACGUUCUUCUGGAGCUCAAUGUGCGCAAACUGACUGUCUCGCAAGACAAGCACAAGUACGGAAUCACUCUGAAGGUAAGCGUUUACGGUUUUUGCUAUGUUAAACUUAUUUUGUUCAGGCCGAGCCAAACUUCAAACUUCUCGGUGCUCGUCUGAAGGGAGAACAAAAGAAAGUUGCCGAUUAUCUGAAGAACAAGAUCACCGAGACGGAAUUGGAACAGUUCCUUCUGGAAGGAAAGUUGACCGUUUUGGGUCAUGAGCUCUCUUCGGAAGAGGUUGCUGUGAGCUACGCAAACGGAAGUGACCAGGGACACGGAUAUAAGACUCAUUCCGAUGCGAAAACCAUUGUGAUGAUCGACACUACGGAGGAUGAAUCCUUGGUCGAAGAAGGUCUUUGCAGAGAAGGUAAUAGGAUAGGCAUGUCAUCAGGAAUAACUUUAUUUGCAGUGACAAACCGUGUGCAGAGACUUCGCAAACAAGCUAAGCUCGUCUCCACCGACUCCGCCCAAGUGUAUCUUGUCGUUCAUCCACCUGGUUCCCAACUCGCUCAAGUUGUUGCCGCGAAGAUCAAAGACAUCGAAUCGGCGACAGGAACCCCGAUUAAGUUUGGAUUCCCGCCGGCGGAAGGAAAAGCACCAGCUGCUACGAAUAAGAGUGCAGUCAAGGAAUCCGAAGUGGAAGUAAGUGGAUUUAACGUUGACUUCCCAGUCUAGGCAAACUAUUUCAGCUGUGGCUCUUCGCUGAGGGAGAUAACUUCGACGGAAUCACUGUUGUCGAUGGAACCAAGAAAGUCCGAGUGCAUGUGAAAACGGCGAAUGCGAAGCUAAACGGAUAUUCUGGACUUCUCUAUUACGUAAGAACGGGUUGAGAUGGACAUUCGAAACAAGGAACCAUUGCAGAUCCGCUCGUCACUCGAUCUCUGGAAUGGAAAGAUCGCUUUGAAGAACGCUGAUGGCACGGCAGUUCACCCGACCGUGGAAGUGGUCAGUCUGGCCGGACAGACCCUCCAUCUCGUCAGAUAA